AUGCCUCUGAAAGCAGCUCCCACUCUCGGCGUGAUCAGAUUGGACUAUGACUACCCUCCCGCAUGUGGAGACAUCGACUGUCCUGAUACCUACGGGUACGAUGUCUACUACAAAGUAGUUCCCGGACUCACUUUCGAAAUGGCACAGUCGGGAAAAAUGACUGCUGAAGUCCAGAAGCGAUUCAUCGAGUCUGUCAACUGGCUCAUCAACAUUAAGAAAGUCAACGUCAUCACGGGGGACUGUGGGUUCAUGGUCUACUUCCAGGAGGUGGCUCUGAGUAUCCAGAAGCAACAGCCAGUGUGCAUGGUCAUGAGCUCUCUCCUUCAGCUGAAGUCCAUUCAGGCUACUCUUUCACCCGAUGAUGAAAUAAUUGUCAUGACUGCUAACGGAGUUGCCCUCGGAAACAUGGCGGCAGCUUUCGAGAAAGCAUGUGGGUUCUCCAUUGUCGACCCGAGAAUCAAGGUCCUCGGAUGCGAGAACAUCCCAGGAUUCGAGGCAGUCGCUCUCGGCCAGAAGGUUGACGUUGCCAAGGUGCAACCAGGAAUGGUGAAACUCGUGAACGAUACCCUCAAGAAGAACCCCAAGGUCAAGGCCAUCCUGCUGGAGUGCACCGAAUUGCCCCCAUACGCAAACGCGAUCCGAGAAUGCUCUGGACUCCCAGUUUGGGACGUGAUCUCGGCGUGCAACUAUGUCGUCUCGGCGUUCCUGAAUGAGCCCAGAUACGGCAAGCAGGGAUGGCAGGCCGAUUGGGACAAGGUGCAGGACGAGUACGUGUUCGGACAGAACGUCAAGUCCAGCAACAAAGUAUACCUUGUGAACAAACCAGCAAAGCAGUAA